AUAAUAAAAAUGAAGUAGUUAAGGAUGAUUUUGACAAACUAUUCGAAGCAAUUUUGGAUCUUGAGAAUAAAAGUGGAGAUAGUAAGCCUGAAAGCCAAAAAAGAAAUGAGGCUCAAAUGAAAAUUGAAAACAUUAAGAAUGAUUUUGAUGAAUUAUUCGAAGGAAUAUCAA